AUGUCGAAGGACGAUGGAAAGCGAAAGAAGGAGUCGGUCGUCGAUCUCACCAGAUUUCUCGACAAAGAAAUUCGCGUCAAGUUUCAAGGAGGACGUGAAGCAAGUGGAGUGCUCCGAGGAUUCGAUCAACUUCUCAACAUGGUUCUUGACGACUGCCGUGAGUAUCUUCGCGAUCCGCAGAAUCCAUCAGUUGUUGGCGAUGAAACAAGACCACUCGGACUCAUCGUAGCACGCGGAACCGCCAUCACAGUUGUCAGCCCAGCCGAUGGAUUGGAGCAGAUUGCUAAUCCAUUUGCGGCUCAAGACGAAUAG